UCCGAUGCGCAGAAGGGGAAGCUUGGUUUUGUUUAUGAGACUGGCUCUCACUGUGUUACCCAGGCCGGCCUCGAACCCCUGCGCCCAAGCGAUCUUCCAGCUGCAGCAUCUCAGUAGCCGGGGCUGCAGGCGCCGCCUGAGCCAAGAUAGAAACAGGUUUUUCUGGGUGCUGCGGAAACGCCUUUAGCUGAGCAAGAACGCACUGCCCCGGCUCUAGUGGCCGAAUGUGCUUCUCCGUUUCUCUAUGGAUGUCUUUACGCCGUUACUUUGUCAGUCCUAUUUUAAUGAAUGAAGCCAGUGUUGGGUAACACAGCAGACAUACUUUGUUUACUACUGGUUUUUAAGUUUGUAAUAGAAAAUGAUAAGCAAGCUUGUCAGCAAAUAUGAAAGCCACUGUCCCGACGUCCUGCCCCUAUGCGGGAAAGUGGCCCCUGCGCUUCCCCUUCAGGGGUUCAGGUGCGGUUCCGGCUGCCGUGCAGCCGGCGGAUUUCGUGUUCUGCACCUGAACGCAAAACUCCGCCAGACUUUUCACUGUGACAGGUCUUCUUGGAUUUGUGUUCUGUGGGCUUAGCACGAAGUGGAGUGAGGUUGGCAGGCGAGGGCGUGGUGCCCCAUUCCUGCAGCGUGGGGAAGCAGCCCUGCCUUCUUCCCGCCGGGACGCUUGAGUUUCCAGGCUACGUUCUUGGCAAGGUUGAAGUCUCUUCAUUUGUGUUUUAGCUAUUUGGAUUUCGUUUGUGAUUUGCCUGUUGAAAGAGCACAACUCUGCGUCUUCUCACUCUGGCUUUUAAAAUAGCCUUUUGUUUUCUGUGGUACUUUUAAAAUUUGGAUCAUCUGGAAUUUAAAUAUGGGGUAAGCUUAGAGCCCAGUUUUUGCCUUCUAAAUCGUAACAAUUUCUAACACUAUCCACUAUUAAAUAACUAGUGUAUCUUCCCACUGAUUUGUGAUACUGUCUUUGUCACCUAUUAAAUUCUUCUCUGUCUUUAGGCCCAUUUCUAGACUUCGUGGUGGCUUUGUGCAUAAGGUUUUGAUUUACAAGCUGCAUGUCUGGGUGUCUGCCUCCCAGGACUUACUGUUGUUCCUCUUGCUCUUGGCUGCUUUGAACUGCUUUGAACCCCCUCACCAUGCCACCUUGCCUUGGAGCCAGGUGAUUAUGAACUGAAACCUCCACAAACUGUGAGCUAAAUAAACCUUUCCUUCAAAAAAAAAAAAGGCUUUUCUGAGCAACAUACCCGAAGCAGUAAGUUGUUUUUUUCUUUUUUGAGACAAGGCCUCACUAUGUAGUUAGGCGGACCUGAAACUCAAAGCAGCCCUCCUGCCUCAGCUUUCUGAGUGCUGGGAUUACAGAUAUGCACCACCACACAUGUUUUGUAUUUUUAAAUUAUUUUAUGAUGUUGUUUUUAAGUCCUCUGCCCUUUUACUUUUUAAAUCUCUUUGCUCUACUUUAUAAUAAUUUGUUAAUUUUGUAAUAUUUAAUGUUACUUUUCCUAAAAUAUUUAACCUGUCAUCCUGUUGCCACUUAGUAAAUCAUCUUUCCUCCAGCAAAUGAAUUUAUUUAUUUAUUUAUUUAUUUUGCUGUACUAGGGAUUGAACCCAGACCCUUCCCACUAAGCUAGCACUGACAGUUUGAAUAAACUCACUAAACUUUCUGCUGUGACCUUUCCUGAGUUGGUCAUUCUCACUGAGGCCCAUGUGGCCUGGUGGCAGAUUAAGCUCCUCUCUCACCUGGCACCUUUCUUAAGUGUCUCCAGAAUGUCCCUGUGUUUGUUCUUUUAGAUGACAGAUGUGUUAACACUGUGAGUGGAUCACAGGUGAGCAUCACUGUGAUCUGUCCAGUCUUUAUAGAGACCUGGUAUGUGUGCCUUUUAUAUCAUUCUUUGUUGUCCAUAAACUUCCAUAGCUUUCUGUGUAGAAACCUGCACAUUUCUAAAGUCUGUUUUUUAUUGAUAUUUGUGAAUAGAAUCAUUUUUUUCCCUGUCAUAUCUUUAAUCAAGUGUCACUGGGGUAUAGGAACACUAUCAGUCUAGACACAUACUCUAGGAAGUUUGUGAGUGUUAUAUUUAGUAGUGUUUUACACUCUUCCACCAUUACAUGGUGGCACAUUCCUGUAAUCCCAAUAUUCAGGAGUUAGAGGCAAGAACCAGCCUGGGCUACUUAUCCCAGAUUGUUGAGGCCUGUAACCUCCCAAAUGAGUAGACAUGAAGGGUUAAAUAAAAAAGACAAGUGGUAUGAUUUUAGGGCUCCAGGAGGAUCAAAAUCCUUUAGCAGAAUUUGGGAUUCUCUGGGGGCUGAGACAAAGAACUCUGGGCAGCUUUGUUUAUUUGGUUUUCAAAGAAGAGAAGUGCUUAGAAUGGAUGGUGUGGAAACUAAGCAGGAGCUUGGAAGUCUUCUCCAAGUGGUAAAUUAUGCUAGUUAGGAGAGCUGUCUUAUCCCUAAGUUGACAUUUACUACAGCAGUGAGGCACCUGCAGCUACAGUCUCUAGUUAAUUGGAGUUGGAGCCAGGUGUCCUCGCCUGUGGCCUUAUCUUGUACUUAGAGGCAUCACCCCAUCAUAAGGCUCUGAACCUGCUGCCCAUCUCCAUACAAGAGGCUUAGGCCUGGGACAGACUCACAAGUUCUUUAGUUCUUCCCUUGCAGUGCCGGGUCAUAAUAAUGAGAGCUGGACUCCCACUUGACAGAAAGUACCUGACUGCAAUGUGGCUUCUUUCCAGUUUUCUUUAAGUGACCAUGGCUUCUGAGGGGUUGAUCUUCUUGUUUUUCUGGGUUAUUCUAUAGGGACAGUCCCAAAUUACUCUGCUACUCAAACCUUUUGUGUGCCAUUUUUUGGACCCAUUAGUGUAUGAGGUCUGUGUUCAGCUCUGAUGCUUCCUGAGUGUGUAGCUCGCUGGGGGUGCUGGCUGUAUUUGCCCAAGCAUUAGGCAGGGUCGUAGCUUCAUGAGGGGCUCUGCAGACUCUGUCUUCAUUAUUUUGUGGCAGUGAUUCCUGGCCUGUUUCAGUCCUAGCCCUGGGGCCCAACAUCUUUUCAGGACUUUUAUGAGCCAGGCUUUUGUUUUUGUUAAGAGCAGAAUAUAUUUAUUGAGAGAAAGCUUCUGUCCAAGAGAGAGACAGAAGGGGUCCUGAGUGCGUUGCUGCCUUUUCUAGGGAUUUUUAUAGAUCAAAACCAUGAGGCGAGGCAGAUCUAAGGUUAAGAAAAAUGGGAAAUCAAAGGCGGACAUGAGGUGAGCCAGAACUAUUGUGAAACCAGUAUGAUUAUGAAUAUAAUUGCUCAGGUAAAUUGAUGAAAUCAAGAUCAGAUGGGGAACUGAGUCACGAGUAGCAAGUGGGCAUGAAUGCAGAGCAGGGCCUUUUCUGUAGAGGGGGUUGGGUUAGUGGCUCCUUCUGGCUUCCUUAAGGUGAUGGAGACCUAUUUAGAAUAUCAGUCCCUGACAUUUAUCCUUAGGAAGUCUAUGGGUGUGUUUGUUUUAUCUUUUAUCUUGCAUUCUGGCCCACAGUUGCAAGGUGUCUGGUCUCUACGUUGGCUCCUGCCAGGGCCUAGUCCUGUCUGACUGCCUGUGUCUAACUCAGCUGCCUGUAACACCCCACUCUUAAAGAAGUGCUGUGAGCUGCUGUGAGGGAGAAAUGAGCGAUGACUGAUCUGACUUCCUCAGGCUGAAGAGGGGCUAUGUAAGGGCUCUUGAUAGACAACAGCCUUUCAAGUCUUAAAAAACUGUCCACAUGACUUUCCUUUUUUGUCUGAACUCCAGUGAUUUUUUUCAUAGAGCAAAGUGAGGUGAGCUUCAGAAUCCUGAGGGGAAAUAGGGAGCUGGUUAAAAACUGGUUUCCAGUGCCCCACACAGGUCUACUGUUGCCUUGUGAACGUGUGAGCUUUAGACGGCAGUCACAGGCAUGUUCCAGGGGACCCACAUCCAGGCCUCCUCUUCUAACUUGAUGGCAAGUCCUCCUUCAAGCCUCAGACUAGAUUCCUGGGUCACCCCAGACUCAGUACACAUGAAGUGACACCGCUGAGGCCCUUGCUGCCAGCACCCUCAUCAAGCUGUAAGGCUGAGAGCCCCUGCCUCAGUGCAGCAUCGAGACCACCAGCAGAUUCCAGCAGUGACUAAGCCUCGGGCCAGGGUCUUCACAGGAGUGUGUGCCACCCCGGGCUGAGCCUUAGCCCCCGCAUGACCCACAAAUGCCUUGUGGUGCGGAACACACAGACACUGGCCCGCUGCAAGCUGCUGUCCUUGUAUGGAGGAAGGAAAAGGCCUGGGCCAAGUCCCACAGGAGCCUGUUUUCUGUACUCUCAGAGCUCCCAGGAAACCAGGAGAUGGCAGCGGCCGAGCUCCUGCCACUGCCAGCUGGACCCCAGGCCAAGGUGACCUUCGAGGAUGUGGCUGUGUUCCUCUCCCAGGAAGAGUGGGACCGCCUGGGCCCUGCUCAGCGGGGCCUGUACCGAAACGUGAUGAUGGAGACCUAUGGGAACGUGGUCUCAGUGGGACUUCCAGGAUCCAAGCCUAAUGUGAUCUGCCAGCUGGAGCGAGGAGAAGACCCAUGGGUCCUAGAUGAGCACGGGACUACAAAGAGCCAGGGCCUGGGGAGUGACUGCUCAGAAUGCAAAACCAAGGAAGAGGACCUGGACACAGACUUGAGCCUAAAGCCAUUAAUUUCAGAAGAGGUAAAACCAAUUCUGGGGAAAACAUCUUUAGGGGAGACUGAUCAAGAAUAUAACACCAAGCGGAACUUCUGCCUAAGUCCAAGCCCUGCUGGCCAACGUGAGGCCCAGAGCUCUAAGGGAAAGGUGGCACUCAGUCAGCACCAGGCAGUUCCUAAUGGGGACAGGCCCUUCAUAUGCAUCGAGUGUGGGAAGUGCUUUGGUCGGAGCUCCCAUCUCCUUCAGCAUCAACGAAUCCACACUGGUGAGAAGCCCUAUGUGUGCAGUGUAUGUGGAAAGGCCUUCAGCCAAAGCUCGGUCCUUAGCAAACACAGGAGAAUCCACACUGGGGAGAAGCCCUAUGAGUGUAACGAGUGUGGAAAAGCCUUUAGAGUGAGCUCAGACCUCGCUCAGCACCACAAGAUCCACACAGGUGAGAAGCCUCAUGAGUGCCUGGAGUGUCGGAAAGCCUUUACUCAGCUCUCGCACCUCAUUCAGCACCAGCGCAUCCAUACCGGAGAACGGCCCUACGUGUGCCCGUUGUGUGGGAAGGCCUUCAACCACAGCACGGUCCUAAGGAGCCACCAGAGGGUGCACACCGGGGAGAAACCCCACCAGUGUGGUGAGUGCGGGAAGACCUUCAGCGUGAAGCGGACCCUGCUGCAGCACCAGCGGAGCCACACUGGGGAGAAGCCUUACACGUGCAGCGAGUGCGGCAAAGCCUUCAGUGACCGCUCUGUCCUCAUCCAGCACCACAAUGUGCACACUGGAGAGAAGCCCUAUGAGUGCAGCGAGUGUGGGAAGACCUUCAGCCACCGCUCCACACUGAUGAACCACGAGCGCAUCCACACAGAGGAGAAGCCGUAUGCAUGCUAUGAAUGUGGCAAGGCGUUUGUGCAGCACUCACACCUGAUCCAGCAUCAGAGGGUCCACACUGGGGAGAAACCCUACGUGUGCAACGAGUGUGGGCACGCCUUUAGUGCACGCCGCUCUCUGAUCCAACACGAGCGAAUUCACACGGGUGAGAAGCCUUUUCAGUGCACAGAAUGUGGGAAGGCCUUUAGCCUGAAGGCAACUCUGAUUGUGCACCUGAGGACCCACACAGGCGAGAAGCCUUACGAGUGCAACAGCUGUGGCAAGGCCUUCAGCCAGUACUCCGUGCUCAUCCAGCACCAGCGCAUCCACACUGGAGAGAAGCCCUAUGAGUGUGGCGAGUGUGGGCGUGCCUUCAACCAACACGGGCACCUGAUCCAGCACCAGAAAGUACACAGGAAGCUGUGACGCAAGGUGGCCCUCACAGGCACCUGCUUGCAUAGAAACCACAAGAGGCACAGGCAGCCUCCUUGCCAGGGUGCUUGUUACCUCUGCAGGACACACUGAGUGAUCCAGGACUAUGAGCUCCCAAAGAAAGGCACAGGGUGUGGCUGGGGAUUUAGCUCAGCGGCAUAAGUGCCUGCCUUGCAAGCAGGCAGUCGUGAGUUCGAUCCCGGUACCGAUAAAAAGGAAAAAGACAAAAAAAAAAAAAAAAAAAAAAAAGGCACAGUGCAUAACCCUGGGAAAAGUUUCAGAGACUCUGUUAUCUUCAACAUCUUGAAGUUACAUAGGAGGUAAUGGUAUAUUUGUAGUGAAUACUGAUAAAGAUAGCCAUAAUUCUUUGUUUCUUUAACAUUAUUUUAAGUAACUAAGAGAAGUGUAAGGACUGUUGUCUCAAACUUAAUUCCAAAUAAAGCUCUUUUCCUUAGAAUCUGCCUGCCUCUCCUGAAUACAAUUGACCAUCGUAAUUAUUGUACUUAAACUUAGAAUGUACUAUUUUCAGUACUCUGUAAAAACACUAAAGUGCUGUAUGGAUAAAAUGGUAUUUUAAAAAUAUUGUCAAGUAUCACCAUGUGAAAUAGCUAAAAAUUCUAAGUGCAUGGAAAUACCUGUUUUGUACUUUUAAAAAAGUUUAAAAAUACAUUAGUGACAAGUGUCGUAAAUUUAGAAAACCCUUUAUCUGGUGCUUUAACUUCAGUCAAGGUUAGAAGGAAUGUCCUAACACGUCAAUAAAAAUUCAAUUCAAAAAUGGG